GACCUCCAUGUUUUUAGCAAACCCAAUUUAUUCCAACCCCAUAAAACCCACAAACCUUCUCCUACUUUCAAGCCUCCUUACCCAAAACAGGCUGUGCAUCCCCAUUAAAUACCCCCCAUUCAUCUCCUUCUCCCUCCACCCCCAUCAACUCUCAUUCAAACUUCCAACUGAUCAAAGCCCAGACAGGAAAAGGAAGGAAAAAACAAAAAAAACCCUAGACAGAAAAAUGGCCAACAAGCUGGUUUCAGUCUUUCUCAUGUGCAUCGUGGUCAUGGCAACACUGCACAUUCGCCAGGCCGUGGCCGACGAUGGUUACAAGACAUGUUACGAGCCCUGCGAUGAAGAAUGCAAAUCCGAAGGCAACGGCGACACCUUCUGUGAAAUGAAGUGCGACACCGACUGCCUCGCGAAGGUUGCUGCUGAAAAACUCAACGCCUUCAAGCCCUGAGGGAAGAGGAAGGGUGGAGCAGAGCAUGGUACAUGCAAUAACACAGAAUAAGAGCUGUUGUGGAAUAAUUUCGGAAACUUUGUUUCAGACAUUGUAAUAAAAUUGAUUUUCAUGAUUGUGAAUGUGGAGGAUGUUGUUUCUGCAAUUAAUAUAAUUUCUGCCGCUUUCAUUAUGUUGGUGGCUCGGGUUUGA